AUGCCCAAGAGGACCAGGGACGGCGGUCCGUCCAGUUCUCCGGAUCGACCGCGGCGCGUAGGUAGGCCUUCAGCUGGCAGUGAAACCUCUCGACCAUCCCGUUAGCAGCCGGGUGAUAGGCUGUCGUCCGGAUGCGCGUACAGCCUUAAAAGAGAGGAGAUACUGAAAGAGGUUAGACUGAAACUGGACAACGCGGUCAGUCGUGAUUGUGGAGGGUGCACAAAAGAUGGCAACCCAAUGACUGAAAAAAGCCUUCACCACCGAUGGAUCAGCUAUGUCAUGCAGGGGAAUAGCUGAAGGCCACCGGGUGAAGCGAUCCACAAGAUGAGGAGAUAGGAACAACCAUUGGACAGAGGCAGAGGGCCUACGAUGUCCAGGUGAACGUGGUUGAACUUUGCCCUAGGGCCCGAGAAGGUGCCAAUGGGGGCCUUAUUAUGCCACUGGACCUUAGUUGCCCGUAUCCGUGUUUUGAGGUCCUUGUGCAUCCCAGACACGACGAAGCAGUCGGAAACCAGCUUGUCGGUAGCUCGACUUUCAGGUUGAGAGAGAUUGUGCAGGGAUGAGAAAACUUUCCAACUGAAGGAUAAGGGCACAAAUGGACGAUGGAAAGGGGUGGAUACGUCGCAUUAAAUGGUGCCGUUGUCAGUUGUCAAUGGUAGUUCCUGAAGUUGGAGUCCGGAUUCAUCGUCAUCGCAGGGUGAACCGACACAGCCAUCAUAACGAGAUCGAUCCCGAUUGAAAGCUGGAAAUGAGCGAUAGAGGGCCUGAACAGUGCGUCAGCCACCUCAGUCCGUGACCCAUCAAUAUGGCAAAUGUCUAUAGUGAACUGCGAAAUGUAGUCCAGGUGGCGGAUCUCCCGGGGGUUUAGUUUGUCAGAGUGGGAAUGCAUAGCAAAUGUGAAUGGCAUAUGAUCUCUGAAAUUUGUGAACUCUCGACCUUCGAGUAAAUGUUGGAAGUGCCUUCGGGCAAUAUAAACGGCGAGAAGUUCACGUCCAAAUUUGAUGUAGCGCGUUUCGGUUUUGGAUAGUUUCUCGGAGAGGAAGGCCGACGGCACGAUAGAAUUUGGCAGACUAUGUUGUAAAACCCCGCAAACAGCAACAAUGGAGGCAUCGACCAUCACAUGUAUGGGUGCGUUAGCAUGAAAUUAAGUCAGGAGGGUGAUAGCAACUAGAUGGGCUUUAUCCUGCUCAGUUGACGUAAGUGCUGCUCCUGCUAUUUCAAACUUCCACUUAGAACCGGCGAGGAGACUGGUCAGGGGUAAGAUGGUGUCGCACAGUUCGGGAGAAACCGGCGAUAAAAGUUCACCGUUACAAGGAACCGUUGUAAAUGAUGCUUUGAGGUAGGGGGUGGAAAGUCACGAAAAGCGGCAACUCCUAAGAGAAGAGGCCGAAUGCGUUUGGGCCGAUCGGAUGACCUAAGAACUCAAGAGAAAUGGCUCCUAGGACACAUUUAGCAGGGUGCUGGGUGACACCAAACUUCUGAAAUCGGGUGAAAAGUCAAACGACCUGAUAAUCCAACAGAUCCCGAGCGCGUCGCGUUGUGUUGUUCCUUCCACUCAUUUAAACAAACGGUAGGUUCAAGACAGGAUAGUCUGGCGCUUCGGCACAACGACACCAGAUCAGAGGUGGCAAGUGUUGAGCAUCCGUAGACGGUAUAGAGGGAAGACACCUGCCAAAACAAAAACCAAGCGUGUGAGGUAUACCACAUUUAAGCAACUGGUGAGUAUAAACAUGAUAUGUCCGUUUUCUAUGUAUUUGAACUUAAUUCGUCGGUGAGUACACCUGCCCCCGUGACUAAGGCACAAAUAAUGGUGCCAACCGGGGUGAUUCAGUUACAUGUGCCGAUAGUGUGGGAUGACUUUCAUUCUUUUGCUUUCAUGCCUUUGAUGUUUACUACGUAUGUUGUCUGUAUUAGUUUUCUAGUUUUUUUGUUUGUUUACAGUGAUCCGCAUGAAACUUGUCGUCGUUUGGUGCAUAUCUGUGCGUUGGUCUUCUAGGUGGGCUGCAGCCAUUUCUCGCGCGUGUUGUCAGCGAAGUCACUGUUGUCAUGCGCAGAUCGGCAGCACCUAGCAUCAGCGGCAUGGUAUUGACUAUAAGACCUUUUCCGACCGAAAUAAUUAACAUUCAACUCGUGCAAUAUGCUUUACUGUGGUAGAUAUGCGCCCUCGGUCUUGCGCGCGUGGUCCUACCCAUAGGUCGGGGAGGGAGGCCAUAGCUGAUUCUCUGUGAAUAGGAAAUAAAAAGGAGUGCCUGCUUUGACCCAUCAUCCCUGUUCUGCAUUAUUACGUCGCGAAGACUGCGGUUGUGCGGGUUCCUUAGUUUGUUAACUAUGCUGGCAAUCGCGUGACAAGUUUCUAUAUAAGGUGUCACUGUUUGCUGUCUGCUGUAUUACGAAUGUGAUCAUGCCUGCCGGGGUUUUCCACCACAGUGUUCUCGAGAUGAUUGGUAUUCUCAGUUGCAGGUACAUUGACCACACAUUUCGGGCUUAGGCGACGGGAACUCUGACAGAUAUGCAAUGGCAGUAUCGUUGCCUAAGUCAUUAAGCAUCGUUAGAAAUUCCGCGAAUUCAUCUUUGAGGAUGCAGAAGUUCCAAUGAACAACAUGAUCUUUGUUAUUGAACGUUAUCUGUUGGCCUGCGUCACAUUCAGUCCACCGGCAAAUACCUGAGCCCUUCCAUUUUCGUUGACCUCUCCGGGUAGACCGCCGUGCAUGUGUUUCGGUCUGGUAUGGACCAUAGAGGUUAAGUGCCGUAGUCUUGCCCAGCUCAUAAUGCGACGGCGCCAGAUAAACCUUUAUUUGGAUUAUGGCAGCACUGACCGCAUCACGACCACUUUGUACGUCAACGAUUGAACACUCUGAUGACCUGCUAUCAUUUUCGAGGUUUCUUCUGAAUGUCACUGGCUGCUCGUCUUCUGCACAUCUAUUCGUUUAGUUUUUAGAUCGUCUAAAAAUCAAGGAGGUAUUUCUUCACCAGCCUCACAUGGAUACACUGGACAGCCUUAAAUAGUCCAGCAAGUAGUGUUUUUCUCCCGGCGUCUUGCUCUUUCGACCUUGUUAAGGUUUACGGCAAAGAAUGAGGUCGAAAAAAGGAAGUAGACACCAGGCUCUAAAUGUUUUAUAUCUUGGAGUUGUGAUCGAACUCAGCAUCUAAGACGGCAGAACACGCGCAGAAAGUUGUAUCAGCGAUAUGGGCCUGCUGUGGUGCCUUAUAGUGGUCACUGCAUUCAUAAGUCGUUUUCGGUCCAGCAAGCCAUAACCCAGGCGGCCUCCACUUAACGCGAUAUUAACCACUUGGCUCCGAACUAGUACCUUUAUCGCAGUAUUUCGUCAUCUGUAAAAUCGCAUUUCUACCCAUAAACUAUUCUUAUUGGAGUUAUGCACAAACCCGAAACACUAACCCACUAUUCUGCCGUCUUACUAGGUUGUUGCGCAGCGAAAGUGAAGGAAAAUAUAGGUGCCACAAGUUAUAUCUUUAAACUGCAGACGUCAGCGGAAUAAUAGUCUGCCACGAUCUCUAAAUAUCUGGGAAGCUGUGGACCAUACUAGCAUUCCUUAGAAUCCUGAUUAAUUGGUUGUACGCACUAGUUGUGCGCGCAGUGAGCAAUUUUAGUUAGUAGUCAGAAUUUUUCAGACAAACCGAAGAACCUAACGGUCAUUUCUGGCCACCCAAACCAUAGGGAGCGCGCUGGAGGGUUGAACUUGCGUCACUUGACUACCCCUGAACUCUCCCAUCGCAUGACUGCUGGUUCGCGUCAUGUCUGCUGACAUACGAAAUACUCAGCUGUCCCUCAGGUCUAGGGAAAAACGAAAAGACCUAUUUAGGCAAUAAAAUCCGGAUAGGUCCUUAUACAUCGGUAUGUAAUGCCGGUUAACUUUCCACCGGCUUCGGCGCACAGUGUAAUUGCUCUGCUUUUCUCCAUGCGUAAGACAUUCUGACAAGAAGGUUUACUGACAUCGCGUUCCGUGCAUCGAAGACCACAGACCGUGCUAGAUCGCCCAUGCGUUCCUAUGUUCGACACCACCACAGUUAUCAUUUGUAAAACGUCGUCUUGUGCCAAGAGUUUGUUUUUUUUUGUCUGCCCUCAGUCAUGACCGGAAAAUUCUCUCACAAAGCCGUUCUUUUUUUUUAAAAAAAUGUCAGCUUGCGGGGUCUUCCUCAGCCGGCCUCCUGCAGCCUCGCUUACAGCCAAACGUGUCCACCAUAUUAGAAAAAUCACCUAUCGAGGUCUCCUUGGAAGGCGAAAAGAGGUUCGAAGUCGUGUACGCCAAGCGCUCUUCUAAGAAAGUAAGAUUCGCUCGCUUGUUUUACCGCCACCUAGCACAAAACGUGGGAGGGUGACGGUAAUAACCAACACCACCAUACUCAUCUUAUUAAGGUUUGCUAACUCUGCAAGGCUCCUCUGUCAAGUUGAAGUCAACUGAAGGCAAAAGGUUUGCCCGCAUAAUUGUGGCAUGCAAUAGGAAAUCAGUUUAGGCUCAGCGAAUCUUAAACGGACAUUCGCACAAACCCUCGAGACAGGAUCCCGAGUGAAUGUUGGAGGAUAUGAAUGCGAGCUUAUAUCUAUGGUAUCCGGUCAAACACCGUGUAAAAUUCAAAAAUUGGAGGUAAUUCGCUUAAUGCCGCUUUAGAUCCUUUCAGGAACACUCUGCCAGCAUCGGUACCGCGACUCCAAAGACGAUCAUCACAAACAAUGGCCUUCCUCGUAAGGUACCUUUGCGAAAUGUUUUCUUACCACGUGUUCGCAGAGUUUCCCGGUGCCUGAGACAGGUUUCUGCGAAAAUUCAUAUCAAAUGCCUGCACCCCCGGAUACUCAUGUGGUAUGAAGUUUUCGCCCUUACAGUGGUCCACUUUUGUAGUGGAGGCACAAUCCAGAGGCCUUACCAGUAACACCCGUCUUUCUCCAUGGGCAAUUUGCCAGACGUUUGCACCCAUACCAGCUCGAUGGAAUCAAAUUCCUCUACGAAUGCCUCAUGGGGUUUCACCUCUCUGGCAGGGAACUCAGUCCUGAUGACUUGAUAGAUCCUCAUCCAAAAAAAGAAGAUGGGGUCACUGGAGCUAUACUGGCGUGA